AUGGAUCUUGAGAGAGUUCGAAAGCAUCCUUGGGGAGUUGCUGCUUAUGACCUUCUCUGCAAUUCAGUAGCCAAAAAUCGUGACAAAUUGAAGGAUAAGACUACUAGUUAUGUGUUGGAUGGAUUCUCCUACGUGUUGCAAAUUUGGGCAAUGGAAGCGGUACCGAAGAUUGGGAAGCUUUGUGGAAAAAAACUGGACAAGGGAAAUUAUGAUGUAGUCCAAGAUCAGGCUUUUCGCAGAGCUGAUGAAGUGGAGGAUGAUAGAAUCCAGGUUCUGAUGGAGUUGAUAAAGAAUAAGCAUGAUUGGAGUGAGCAUAUUUGGGAAAUUGAAGAAACUGCAGUGGUUUAUUUAUCUCUUGAUGAUGAAUCAGCUGUGAAUGAUGAAGGAAGCGUGAAUUUUGAAGCAGCCGAGAGUGAUGAAGACUUUCAGACUCCAAAAGGAUCAAAGAACGUAGGCGCUAGAUCAAAGAAGGGUAAGAAGAGGCUUCUGGAUCGUGGUAUGGAAAAAAGGAGGCAUAAGGUUCUUUCAAGUGGACCAAAGCAAGCGCCUUUUAAUGAAGACAUGAAGGCUUUUGUGACACAGUUGUUUGAGCACAAUUUCUCUGGAAUGGAGCAGAGACUACAGAAACAGAUGGCUGAGACAUUUGACCAAAUGCGGACAGAGCUUAAAGAUUUACGUAAGGAACCAAGCGUUGAAGUUGAGCUUGGAGAGCCUUCACCGACCAAGCCAUCGACGAGCCAAACACCGUUGAGGAGGUCCACACGCGGGGUAAAGAAACACUAG